CUACAAGAGUAUUUAACAGUGAUCUCCCUUUUGUUUACAAAUUGUUGGGAAAUACAAAUUUGCUUCAGUAGCAAAAAAAUUAUAUUUUGAAAGAAAAUUGAAAGAAAAUGGAGAGUGACAGUGAAAAUGAAGAAACUUCCUCAGCAGCAGAAAAAAAUAGAAGAAAGUAUAUAUCUUCAGCGGAAGACCUGAAAUCUUACGGAUGGGGAGAUAUGUCCCUGCGCUCAUACCAGAUUGUUGGAGUUAAUUGGAUGAUAGACAGAUACAAUCAAGGAAAUGGAUGUAUACUAGGAGAUGAGAUGGGGUUGGGUAAAACAUGCCAGACUAUAGCAGUGUUAGCGUAUCUACAUACCAAAUGCAAGAAAAAACUACCAAACCUUGUUGUAUGUCCCCGUUCUGUGUUGGAGAAUUGGGACCAGGAAGUAAAAAGAUUUGCGCCUGGUUUGAGACGUCAAGUUUACAUUGGUGAGAAGGAAAGUCGACAGGACCUGGCAAAGUCUAUCAGAUCAGAUCACAGGAAAAAUGACCUCAAGUUUGAUGUUCUUAUCACCACAUAUGAAAUUUGCCUGAAAGACUCUGCUUUCCUGAACUCUAUCCACUGGAACAUACUGGUGGUAGAUGAGGCUCAUAGACUGAAAAAUCUCAACUCUUUACUCUAUAAAACAUUGUCUCAG